AUUUUAGCCCCGCCAAAGGUGCAUCCCAAGCUCUCCUUUUUUUCUUACAGCCCCAUACUGGAGAAAUAAUCCCUAAUCUACCACAGCAACCACCGAAAACAAAUCGGCCUGUCUCUGGAAUCUUAAUCCACCAUUCAAGAAACUGUCACUGGAGCGCUUUGUGUGUCUCGCGCCGAACCUCCCUUUUCAAGCACUGCUGCUGUAUCACUUAGCCGACACUUGAGACUCGUCGACAACACGCUCCGACUUGCCCAACAUGGCCGACAUUAAUGUCGAUAUCCUCAUCAUUGGCGCCGGCCCAACUGGCCUGGGUGCUGCCAAACGUCUCAACCAUAUCAAUGGACCGUCAUGGUUGAUCUUGGACUCGAAUGACAAGGCAGGAGGGCUUGCCUCAACCGACGUCACGCCCGAAGGCUUCCUCUAUGAUGUUGGUGGCCACGUUAUCUUCUCCCACUACAAGUAUUUCGAUGACUGCAUCGACGAGGCAUUGCCGAAGGAGGAUGACUGGUAUACCCACCAGCGCAUCUCUUAUGUGCGCUACAAGGGGCUCUGGGUACCAUACCCAUUCCAGAACAAUAUCUCGAUGCUGCCCAAGGAUGAUCAAGUUAAGUGUAUCGACGGUCUGAUCGAUGCCGCCUUGGAGUGCCGUGUUGCGAACACGAAGCCAAAGAACUUCGACGAGUGGAUUCUGCGCAUGACGGGCAAAGGCGUCGCCGACAUAUUUAUGAGGCCUUACAACUACAAGGUCUGGGCUGUGCCGACAACUCAGAUGCAAGCAGAAUGGCUUGGUGAACGUGUGGCUGCACCCGAUGUCAAGCUCGUCACCAAGAAUGUCAUCCUGAACAAGGUCGCCGGCAAUUGGGGCCCAAACGCCACCUUCCGUUUCCCCGCCCGGGAUGGCACGGGAGGUAUCUGGAUUGCCGUCUCCAACACUCUACCAGAGCAGAACAAGCGUUACGGUAAGGAUGGCGAGGUUGUUAAGGUUGACGCCGAGAAGAAGGUCGUUACGCUUAAGGAUGGCAAGACGAUCGGCUAUGGCAAGCUGAUCAACACCAUGGCUGUCGACCAUCUCGUCGAGAAGAUGGGGAACCAAGAUCUCAUCAAGCUUUCCAAGGGACUCUUCUACUCUUCAACUCAUGUCAUCGGAGUCGGCAUUCGUGGAGAACGACCAGAGCGAAUCGGCGAUAAGUGCUGGCUCUACUUCCCGGAAGACAAUUGCCCGUUCUACCGUGCGACUAUCUUCUCGAACUACUCACCCUACAACCAGCCGCAGUCUGACGUCAAGCUACCAACUCUGUACCUGGCCGAUGGUAGUAAGGCGGAUUCUAGCGAAGCAAAGGAGGGGCCGUACUGGUCAAUCAUGCUCGAAGUCUCGCAGUCGUCUAUGAAGCCAGUCGAUGAGGAAAACCUCCUCAAAGACUGCAUCCAAGGACUGAUCAACACCGACAUGAUCAAGCCUGAAGACGAGAUCGUCUCAACCUAUCACCGCAAGUUUGUCCAAGGUUAUCCUACCCCUUCGCUGGAGCGAGAGGGCGUUCUGAAGGAACUUCUGCCGAAGUUGCAAGCUAUGGACAUCUACUCGCGCGGCCGUUUCGGCAGCUGGAGAUACGAGGUCGGUAAUCAAGAUCACUCGUUCAUGCUUGGCGUCGAGGCAGCAGACAACAUCGUGCUUGGUGCUGUGGAGCUAACGCUCAACUACCCCGAUUUUGUCAACUCGCGUAAGAAUACCGAGCGAACGCUCGAGCAGAGCUUCUCUUACAUGGCGAAGGCUGCUGCCACCCCUGCUGCCACUGCCAACGGCACCAAGGAGGCAAAGGAUAUUCCUGCAAGAGAGCGGGCGUCGUCCAAGGUGUCCAGCGGCACCCACACCCGCAAGGUAUCGCGGCAAGCCAACUGAGAACACCUGCCCUCACUUCGUUACGGGUUAUAGUUGCUGGAAUAAAAUUUCAGCGGGUUCGGCAUUUGGCUAGAGCAAGGAGAUGAUGUCGUUAUUUUCUAAUCAGGGAUACUGGCCCAUCGUUAUGGGAAUACCAAGGGUUCUAAUCUGGCUCUCCUAGAGCACAUGGCCAUUUCGGGCAAUGGCGUUAAUACGGGCUGUUGCUGGAGAAAGAGAGAUGGCUGCUGCCGCAAAGUUGCUUCUAGAAUAUUAAAGAGUUUGAGAGUUGAUAGACCGUUAUAGAGCUUGCUCGCAUGCCUGGCCUAUCUAUUCCGCCUAGUAACCGACUAAUGUACAUUCACUCAGGGGCAAUAAGAAUCUGACUUGGAA